GUGAGGUGGCAUUCCUACGACGUAGAUCAACUCUCCGAUAGUCACGAUGCUGGUGAAUAUCGUUGGCUCCCCCAUCAAAUGGCAGUCUGUUUCCAUUAGGGAAGUACCAGUCACCACGAUGAAUACCCUGCUCAUUGCUGCAGCAUGUUCUCAGGCUAAAGUCCACAUAAGAGUCGUAUGCCAGAGGCUUGCUCAUGAAGGAGACAUAAGGAAAGGUCAGCUGAGAGUGGACCUCCACCAGGGACCAGAGGAGACUGAGGGAAAUGACAACCAUCGACAUCAUUACUGUCUCUUUGCCUCUUUGUUCGAAUUUCUUUGUGGUUUUUGCUCA